AUGCCUUUGUCUCCGACGAAACUUCGAGGUCCCAUGGUGACCACGUCGCUAGAGCAGGAAGACGUGGAGCAGUUCCGCUCCAUUUCAGUAAGCGACAUCGACGACAGCAAUGACAUCGAAGUGAUCAGCGCGACCGAAGCGGAGGAAGAAAUGCCUCGAGACCCUCGUCGAGAGGAAGAGCAGCCCAUGACCAAGGAGAAGCGUCUGGCAUUCAAGCAGUUGGAGCGUUGGCGGGCUGCAAUGAAGAAGAAAUCCAAGCGACUAGGGCGCAGAAGUGUCCGCUGGAACGCUAAGACUCAAGCGUAUGAUGACGAGGAGGUCGAAUUCGACAAUCUCUUCGGUACCAACAGCACCUUCGGCCAAGAGCUGCAAGUCGUGAGUUAUCCGUUUCCAAUAUGGAUUUUUGGCGUGUUGAUCAUGCUCGGAGCUUCAGUUUUCGUGCACAGCGUACACAGCCAGAGAGACGACGAGGAUGACGAGCAUCGUGAUGCAACUUGGUGGAAAUAUCUCGUUGCAGUCGCCAUCUACAUUUUGGGCUUCGCUCUCAUCGCGAAUGGCCGAGUAGAGACUUUCUACAUGAACAAAGAGUCCUCUCGUCUCUGCGUUCGCUCCAAUAAGCCGCUGUGUUUGAGUAAACGCUACAUUCGCUCAGUGGAGCGCGAUAUGCGUCACAUCACCAACAUUCGCGUCGAAACUGCUGGAGAAUACAGUGGCGACGUCGACACUCGCACGUACAAAGUUCACUUUGACUUCGACGAUGGGUCUCACGUCUCGGCACUUGAGAGUCGCUCCAAGCAGAAAACUAUGCGUCGGUGCCGCCACAUUAAGGCGUUUGUAGCAGCCGCUUCAGCUCCAGUUGCUCCCAUACGCUCGGCUUCCGAGCAUUUCCCGUCUACAGCGAAAGGAUCGGGCUCUCCACUUCGCCAGAACCGCACUUCACCUGCCAAGUUAAGCCUUGAGUAA